AUGCUUUUCUUCUAUAGAUUUAUAUCAACCGAGAGCCUUUUGAUGAAUGACCCAGAUGGGAAAAGACUGAACACUUACGUGGUGUCUGCAAGUGUGACUAAUGCCACAGGACGCAUUGAAAACCUAAAAGAAUACGUUGCAGUCACUCUGCACCAUCUAACAACUAAGAAAAAAGACCAGAAUGUCCAGUGUGUCUACUGGGAUUUCAAUAAGAAUGAUGGAUAUGGCGGAUGGAAUCAAAAGGGGUGCUGGACAUAUAAUAGCAGCAAUGAUUACACAACCUGUCUGUGUGACCACAUGACCCACUUUGGAGUGCUGCUGGAUGUAUCCAGAACACCCAUUGAUGAGAAGAAUGAGCGAAUCCUCACUCUUAUUACAUACAUGGGUUGUGGUGUGUCUUCAUGCUUUCUUGGGAUCACAGUGCUAACAUACACCCUUUUAGAGAAGUUAAGAAGAGACUACCCAUCCAAAAUUCUGUUGAAUCUGUCUCUUGCAUUACUGGGACUGAACCUGGUGUUCCUGCUGAACUCCUGGAUUUCUUCUUUUGGCAUCCAUGGCCUGUGCAUUGCUGUAGCAGUGACUUUACACUAUUUCUUACUGACUUCCUUCACCUGGAUGGGCUUGGGGGCUGUGAAUAUGUACUUUGCUUUGGUUAAAGUUUUCAAUGUGUAUGUGCCCUCAUACAUCUUGAAAUUCUGCCUGCUUGGCUGGGGGAUUCCGCUUAUUAUAUGUGGCUUGGUGGUGGCUAUAAAGAGAGAUGCAUAUGGCAUGAACACCAUGAGUGAUUCUCAAAUUACACUGGAUGAUUCGGAAAUGUUCUGCUGGGUGCAAAAUGAUGUGGUUUUCUACGUGUCAGUAGUGAGCUACAUAGCCUUCAUACUACUGUGCAAUGGCUCCAUCUUCUUAGUGGUUCUGAUCCAGAUCCGAAACAUGCAAGUCAAUCAACCGGCAGGCACCCGAAGUGGGAUCUUGAAAGACCUGCGUGCUGUGGUGAGCCUUACCUUCUUAUUGGGUCUCACCUGGUCUGUGGCUUUUCUCGCCUGGGGUCCUGUCAAAGUGUUCUUCCUCUACCUGUUCUCCAUACUGAACAGCCUUCAAGGAUUCUUUAUUUUUGUGUUCCAUUGUCUCAUGAAGGAAAAUGUAUGCAAGCAAUGGAGAAUACAUUUAUGUUGUGGUGCUUUCAAGCUGCAGGAAUACUCUGAAUGGAGCCAAACUGCAACUGUGGUUCCCAAACACAAACCCAAUCCACCAAAUACGUUUCCUUUCAUGGCAUCUGUGAGAUCCAUCAAGUCUAAUUCAACUCAGAGCUCAACGGUUUCCUCAGAGUCCAGCCAACGUCAAAUGACUAUCACAAGACCCGACCUGGGAUUUGUAUAUGAAAACAGUUUGGUAAUACCAAGAGCCAGAGCAGGAUUGACGGUUCUUCCCUAUGAUACAUCUCCUGCCACAGCAAGUGGGCUCGAGUUUCCUUCAAGGCCAUGGAAGAAUGGAUUUGACACAGAUAUCUAUCCCACAUAA